CUCGACUACAGAGUACCUACUGUAAAGCACCAGUCACCUAGCCAGUGAGCACCUAAAGGUACCUUACUGGAACUUCGUACUUGAACUUCACCAACCUCUUCUUCUCUACACCUUUGCCAUCAACACCUUCAUCCCCGUCCUCUCUCUCAGUGCUUCAUUCUCUUCCAUGUCAUUCUAGUACACUCGUUAUGUUCUGCAUCCUCCUGGCCCUCCUGGCCGUGGUUCAAUCAGUCGUUUCAUCCCCCCUCAACCCGCAAUUUGACUACGCUGUCAAAGAAACCAACAACGUGCCUCCGAAGUGGUCUAUCGCUGGAAAUCCUCAUCCCUUCCAUCUCUUGAAGCUCAAUAUCGGCCUCACGCCCAACAACUUCGACUUACUUGAGCAACAUCUCCACGAAGUGUCGGAUCCAUCCCACCAUCGUUAUGGCCAACAUCUGUCCCAGCAACAAGUUCACGACCUGAUCUCACCAUCUGACGAGACUACUGAGUCCCUUCAAAACUGGCUGUCCGGACAUGGCAUUGACCCAUCACAUCUCGAGUUCAAUUCAGCCCGGGAUUGGGUCACCCUCACUCUGCCAGUGGCUCAGAUCGAACGUCUCCUAGACACAAAAUAUUAUGUCUACCAACAUGAAGAUGGCACCAAGCUCGUCCGAACCACCAGCUGGUCGCUUCCCCGCUCGCUGCAUGACCACGUCACCACCAUUCAACCCACGACCGCUUUCCUCCGAGCAAACCCUAAGGGUGACACUGUUCUUACCAUACCCACUGAUAUUGACCUCUCCGAGCUCACCGCUGCUGCCAACUCGAGCGCUUUGAACAAGGUCUGCAACUUUGGUGGCAUGACCACGAAGUGCUUACAGACGUUGUACAACACUGUCAACUACAAGCCUCAAGCGGUCAACAACAACUCAAUUGGUUUCACCAACUACCUCGGUCAAGUCUCCAAUCGAUCUGACGCAAGACUGUACCUGCAGAACUUCCGCCCUGAAGCCAUCAACUCCUCGUAUGCUCUCAAGCAAGUCUCGAUUGACCACGGCGCUGUCGACAACUCCACCGCUGGAGGGGGUAUCGAAGGCAACCUCGACCUCGAGACCAUUCUCGGUCUAGUCUAUCCGACCCCCGUCACCGCGUACUCAACCGGCGGCAUGCCUCCUUUCAACGCUGACACAUUCACCGAUACCAACACCAAUGAACCCUACUUGACCUGGGUUUUGUGGAUGCGUGAGCAAGACCCCGCUGGCCUUCCUAAAGUCAUUUCCACAUCGUACGGCGACGACGAACAGACCGUCCCGAAAUCCUAUGCUACCCAGGUCUGCAAUCAAUUCGCCGCCCUCGGUGCUCAGGGUAUCUCCCUGUUCUUCAGCUCUGGCGACUACGGUGUCGGCGCCAAUAACAGCUGCUUUUCCAACGAUGGCAAGAACACCACCACUUUCCUGCCCGCCUUUCCUGCCUCUUGUCCUUACGUGACCACCGUCGGCGGCACCAUGAACUACCCUGAAGUCGUUGCCUUCGACACGCGCAACGGCUAUUCUUCUGGCUCCGGCUUCAGCAACUACUUUGCACGUCCAAGCUGGCAGGACACUGCAGUGGAGCGAUACGUCGAUACCAUCGGCGACCAAUUCAAGGGUCUGUACAACUGUUCAGGUCGUGCGUACCCGGACCUCUCCGCGCAGAGUUAUCGGUAUAUCGUCUUUUACAACGCUAGUGUACGGAGUGUGGACGGAACAAGUUGUGCAUGUCCGGCAAUCGCCAGUAUUUUCUCCCUGGUCAAUGACGCGCUGGUAGCAAAGGGCAAGCCGCCAAUGGGUUGGUUGAAUCCCUGGCUGUACCAGAAAGGCUUCCAGGCGUUCACCGAUGUGGUGAAUGGAACCAGCGUCGGCUGCGACGGGCCCGGAUUCAGUGCUGCAGCAGGUUGGGAUGUUGCGAGUGGCUUUGGCACGCCGGAUUUCGAGAAGAUCCUGGAUGUUCUUGGGAUCGGAAGCUAGUUGAGGUUACAAGUCGAUUGCGCGCCUGUCAUGGUGCCCUGUUUUUAGGGCUCGAGCUAUGAUUGCUCCGAACACUGGUCGAAGGUUGACUAUGUCUCGACAACUUGCUCCGUCGAGUCUAUUGCUCGGGGCAAGAUGGACUGCAUCCCGAGUUGGUGCGAAAUACCACGCAAAAACGCUAGUGGGUAAUUGCUUGAGGCAUAGCAUCGCAUAGCAUAGCAUGGCCAUUGAGAAGACAAAAAGUAAUGUAAUUGAUGCAAACACAAUCCUCCAGCUUCAUACCGAAAUUGCAAAAAGGUC